AGCAGGCCCAAAAAAAGAAGCAGGAGAAGAUGAGACACAAGAAGUUGGCCGCCUACGGUUUCGAGGGCGAGCAUUCUGGAGAGGCCAUCUUAUGAGGUGCUCCAUGAGAUAUGCAUGGGAGCCUUGUACACUUUGCCAUGAGCGACAACCGUAUGGUCAAGAAGACCUGCCUGCACGUUCGACCUCCUAUCGACACCAUGCAUCGAGCCUGAAAGUCAUGUUAGGGCCAGGGUGCCGCGACCUCCAACAGUCCCUAUCUAGGGCCACACAGAAUUCGCCGUUGGGUACUCACUAUCAGGUAGACUUUGAGCGGACACACGAUACCCAAAUUGGUUCUUGCCACCGGAUAGCUACCCAGCUGGUGAGAAAGAGUGGAGCAUGCUUCCAUGAGAAUGUUGCAGGAAGCCUCGAAGGACACAUACCUGAGGAAGGUACGAGAGAGCGGGCUCGCGAGCUUGCGGGUAUUCUAACCCGCUCCGCUCUCAAUAGCCACUGUCGUCUUCACAUCGCAGAAAGAGCAACCAACCUGGACCAACAUGAGGAAAGAUCGAUCCUUUGGCUUUCGUGCUCGUGCCUCUCUCAGCUUGGACAACCCAUCUCUGCUUCAACCUGACGCAUCUCCCAACAUCCUUCGAAGACAACGACGACAUAUUGCAUUACUGGACGAUUAUUCUUCGAUUCGACAUUACAAGUGCAUUCUUAAUAGCUCUUCUCUCAAAACACAAUCCGGUUCUCGACGCUUCAUCCGCACCUAGGUUCGACAUCGACCCGUG